CCUGCCUGUAAUUGUGCACCUACUUACUUACAGUAGUACACCCCUCCACUCUCCAGGCUCCAGUUGAAUACAAAAUGUCCGACGACCCUUAAUUUGCCAAAUUCAGAAAAGAUAUCUACAUAUGCAUAUGUAGGAAGACAUGCCUAGCUUUGGUGGAUAGCAAAGGUCUUACCAAUUGCCCCUUGACACCGGCCGUUAAGCAUUGCUUUGCCUCUGUAACUUCUAUCUGUUUUGAUCUAGCUCUACAUCAAGAUCCGGUCUCUUGUGAAUUGCAUCCCAUCGCCGACACCGAAGACCAUGGAUCUAAACGAGGCGCAAACGUACAUACUGGCCUCGCUGCAUAGCUUGUUCGAGGCCUUCCAAAGAGUGCCCGGUAGUGCCGUCUUAAUCCGAUACGUCCGAUCGAGCUACCAGAACGAUCCCAUCCGCUCCGCUAUCGAGCUUGUCCUUGUCAUCUUCUUCGUGCGCUACCUAUUAUCACCCUCCUAUCCCACCCACGGCUCCAAUUACAUCAAGUUGAGGGAAGAUGAGAUCGAUGAACUCGUCAAGGACUGGGAGCCAGAGCCUCUCGUCGCCGAGCGGACUGCUUUCGAGGAGAGCGAAGCCGAGAGGAUACCUGUAGUUGUUGGUCCGACGGGCCCAAAGGUCAAACUUGGAAACGGCAGGACGGUAACCAACCUUGCUUCGUACAAUUUCUACAAUUUCAAUGCCAGCGAAUCCAUAAAAGAGAAGGCUAUCCAGACUCUGCGUACCUACGGCGUCGGCCCCUGCGGUCCACCACAGUUCUACGGUACACAGGAUGUUCACAUGCAGACUGAGGCGGACAUUGCCUCGUUUCUUGGAACCCAGAGCGCCAUCGUCUACGCCCAUGCUUUCUCAACCAUUACGAGUGUCAUUCCCUGCUUCUGUAAGCGUGGCGACGUCAUUGUGGCCGAUAAGAUGGUGAACUACUCUAUACGCAAGGGUUUGGAGGCCUCACGUAGCUCGAUCCGGUGGUAUAACCAUAACGACAUGGCCGAUCUGGAGCGUGUUAUGGCGAAGGUAGCGGAGGAACAGGCAAAGAAGAAGAUCCUGACCAGACGAUUUGUUGUCACUGAAGGUCUUUUCGAGAUGGUUGGCGACUGCUCUGACUUGCCGAAACUUAUCGAACUCAAGGAAAAGUACAAGUUUCGCCUUGCUCUUGAUGAGACCAAUUCGUUCGGCGUCCUCGGUCGUAAUGGCCGUGGAUUGACGGAGGCGCAGAACGUCGAUGCCGAAGCCGUGGAUGUCAUCAUUGGCUCUCUUUCAGGGCCCCUCUGUGCCGCAGGCGGCUUCUGUGCCGGGUCUACGGAUGUUGUCAGGCACCAGCGCAUCAAUGCUAUGGCCUACACAUACUCAGCGGCUCUCCCUGCCAUGUCGGCCGUGACGGCAAGUGAGACAUUGAACGUGUUGCAGUGCAAUCCCGACAUAUUGAUCCAGUGUCGCGAGAAUAUCCGCGCGAUGCGAGCACAAUUGGACCCCCGUAGCGAUUGGGUGGUUUGCACAAGUGACCCUGAGAACCCCAUCAUGAUUCUCGUCUUCAAGCCGGAUGUGAUCCAGGCGCGGCGAUUCAGCAUUGAGGACCAGGAGCGGCUCUUCUCGGACUGCGUGGAGGAGUCACUUGUCAACGGAGUGCUCAUCACACGACUAAAGAUCAUGCCGUUGAUCAACAGCCUUGAGCCCAAGGAUUCUGAUAUCAACAUCCAGCCAGCGCUCAAAGUGUGUAUCACGUCUGGGCUGUCCAAGAAGGAAAUAGAGAAGGCAGGCACGACAAUCCGACACGCCAUCACGAAGGUCAUGACGCGGAAGACAAACCGCCUCUCGGGGUCGGGCAGCUAGUCAAGGUAUCAUUUUCUGCAGCUCCGUUUCUGUGUUUCACGACUUGGAUCGUGACGUGGCAUGCGAGAGCAACACUGUACAUUUUGUCAUGGUUUUACGAGGUAUACGUGGUGGGUGCGGUUUUAGAUGGCCAACGCGGAAGGAGGCGGGAAAGGCGCUAAUACAUACUAUAGAUGCUAAUUGCUAAUACAUAUGAUCUACAUGUAC